GCUGUGCCAAUAUGGCGGCUUUCUGAGUUUCAGGAAGAAGCUAUGAGUAAAUAAACACGCUGUGAACUUUUACCACCUUUCAGCUAGUGUCGUCUUGUCAUAAAUGUGAUAUUACUGUACGAGGAAAAGAAGAUCAUGUCAAACGACGGCAGCAAAAAACAGUUCUGGAAGAGAAACAGCGCCAAGGUUCCUGGAAGCAUACAGCAUGUGUACGGUGCUCAGCACCCACCUUUUGACCCCCUCCUGCAUGUAAAUUUAGUUAAAGGUGGGAGCAAGGCUCAGAUGACGCCGGGGAAACCCAAGAAGGCCACCACCUUCCAGGAGUUUGAAAGCAUCACCAGUGAUGCUUGGGAUGUCGGCGAUGAUGACGAUGAGCUGUUGGCCAUGGCUGCGCGGAAUCUCAACAUUGAAGUUGUCAUGGAGACAGCCAACAAGGUGAUUGAGAACCACAGCAAACUUCAGGAACGGCAGCAGAAGCAGGAGAGAAGGGUUGAAGGAGAGGAGGAGGAUGAAAGCGAAGAGAACUUGCAACAGGUUGAGGAGGAUGAGGAGGAAGGGGAGGAGACAAGCCCAGCAUCGGUCCACUCAGAACCCAGCCCAGACAGCAGGAUGGUGAAAUCACUGAGCGAGGCUUACAUUGGCUUAUCAAAGGAGGUGCCCAGUGAGAAAUCAUCCCUCCAGCGCCAGCGUUCCCUCCCUCAGCGGCCUGUCAUCCCAUUGGUGGCUCGUAUGGCAGACCAGAACACGUCUGGGACCCCUGCCAUGACUGAGAGGGAGGCAUCCCGCUUGGACAAGUUCCGUCAGGUUCUGGCUGGACCCAACACUGACCUCGAGGAGCUUCGAAAAUUGAGCUGGUCCGGGAUCCCGCGGCAAGUACGCCCGAUCACGUGGAAGCUUCUGUCGGGCUACCUCCCAGCCAACGUGGAACGGCGAGCGAGCACGCUGCAGCGCAAGCGGCAAGAGUAUUUUGGCUUCAUCGAGCAGUACUACGACUCGAGGAAUGACGAACACCAUCAGGACACCUACAGACAGAUUCACAUUGACAUACCAAGAACUAAUCCCCUUAUUCCUCUCUUUCAACAACCUUCUGUGCAAGAGAUUUUUGAGCGCAUCCUCUUCAUCUGGGCCAUCCGGCAUCCAGCCAGCGGCUACGUUCAAGGCAUCAAUGACCUUGUCACGCCCUUCUUCGUCGUUUUUGUCUUCGAGUACAUUGAGGAAGAGGUGGAAAAUUUCGAUGUUUCCAGCUUGCAGGAGGACGCUCUGCGGAACAUCGAGGCUGACAGCUUCUGGUGCAUGAGCAAGCUGCUGGACGGCAUUCAGGAUAACUACACCUUCGCCCAGCCGGGGAUCCAGCGAAAGGUCCAAGCCCUGGAGGAGCUGGUCAGCCGGAUCGAUGAGUCAGUGCAUCGACACAUGCAGAAGUAUGAGGUGGAGUACCUGCAAUUUGCCUUCCGCUGGAUGAACAACCUGCUGAUGAGGGAACUUCCGCUGCGCUGCACCAUUCGUCUGUGGGACACUUACCAGGCGGAACCAGAAGGGUUUUCCCACUUCCACUUGUACGUCUGCGCUGCUUUCCUGGUCCGAUGGAGGAAGGAAAUUCUGGAAGAGAAAGACUUCCAGGGACUCAUGAUCCUGCUGCAGAAUUUACCCACAAUGCAUUGGGGCAACGAGGAGAUCAGCGUUCUCCUGGCAGAGGCGUACAGACUGAAGUUUGCCUUCGCUGAUGCACCUAACCACUACAAGAGAUGAGGUUUGCUCAUGGCCUGCUGUAGUAGCACAUUCAAGGUCCUUUUCUUCUGGCCUCUUCCUGAUGCCCAGCUACAAUGAGAUUAAAAAGUGUGCUUUUUCGGGUUCUGAGUUGCAGCUCUUACUGGUAGCUGCAUUGGUGCCCUUUUUUUUAUUACCAACAACUUGUGCACUGUGUUGUCACCUGACACCUCUCUAUCACAGUUAAUCCAGACUCAGAUAACCAAAAACCGUACUAGUAAAACUGCAGGUGACACUUCGGUGGUUGAUACUGUGACUGUCAACUUUUGUAAGAAGUCUCUUGGCAGAAGUUUGCAAAGGGUCUGGUGAUCUUGGCAGGCUAUGACAAGACAUGGAACUUGCCAGUUUGCCAACCCACUGCCCAGGAGGUUUUUGUCACCGUUGGAUCCUAGAGCAAGACCUCUCCCCUGGUGUGGGACUGGUGGAGCUCCUUCACUGGCUGUUGAACCCACCCCCCAGUGGAGGUGGUGAGGACUCCAGCGAAUAGCAACCUCAUUCUCAUCAUUGUUAAUCAUCCUUCAUCUGUUUGGAUCUUAAGUCAGCUGUUUUCUUUAUGAAUUCUCUGAAAGCAUUAACUGUCAUGUAACUGAAGGUUGGAGUUGACUUCCACCCUCCUCUCCCCUCCUCAAACCCGCCACUCAGCCAUAUUUGAUGUGUCAGGAUUCAUCCUCUAGCAAAGGACUACCUCAAGUACAAGCCAGGUGUCACUCCCCGAUAAACUGAAUGAAUGUCAGUCCGGUGAUCCACGUCAACACGCAACACCGAUGGCCACACCAACUCUGCAAAUGCUCAUGAAAUAGUUUGUUGGUUUGCCUUAAUCUGGCUGCUUCUUUCUGUUUGUGACAGAAAGAGAGGUGCAAUAUUCCUUGUUCUUUGUAGCAGUAAGCUUAGAUAUUUGUACAAUAAAAAAAGUAACAGUAAUUGGAUGAUGCUUCAGUUGAAAACACUUGUCUAACCUUCACGAAACACGUUUAGUGCGGGAACAGUAUGAUCUGUGAAAGGCGAGUACAGUAGGGGAGGGAGGGGGGCAGGUUCUGUAUGAGAUGCUGAUGUUUUCAGUUUUACAUUAUAGGGAAAACAGCUUUUGUUUAGAGUUGAACAAUCUGACAGCUUACUUUGCAUAUAUGUGCCACUUAUUAUGACUAAUUUCCUAUUCUUCAUGACUAGAAGCUGCACUUGGGGGGAAAAAAGUCGUCUUCUCUAUUUUUUAACCUAUUCUAUCAUUUUUAAAUGUAUCCUAUAUUGUUUACAUUAUAUGGUGCCUAAUGUAGUACUAUUGCAUCGUAGGUAUUUAUUCUGUCUUUGAGCAUCUGAAGUGGAUUAAUUAAAGUGGAAGGUGUUCCGCCUGGCAACAUUUGCUCGCUGUUUGCUCUGGCGCGGUGAGACCACGCAACAGCGCCAGUUAACCGCCUCUUUGUUCCGCAUGGCUGAGGAGGCUGCCUGGUGCACACAGCGAGUGUACUGAAGCAGUCUGGUGACAGGAGCGGUACCAGGGAAGAUAGACUACAUGUUUCCAUAGAAACGAGCAGUAGCUGUUCCCGCUGUGCAGCCUCCCUGUUCUAGGCCCAUAUAGAGAUUUGUCAUCUUAUAGAGUGAUGCACUGGGGUUUGGAUGAGCCAUUCUGCCUGUCUCCAUCUUUACUUUUGAAUCUAUGUGACUUUUUUCUUUAACAGUAUUGAAAUGUUUAGGCGUUUAUGGGUACCAGUUAAUCAGUGAAUGACUCCUGGAAGUGUAUCUUAUGCAGUGAAAAUGAUGAACAAUUUUCUUGAGUGAAAGCGUGUGCAGAACAGUGCAUUUUGAAACUGAGAUUUGUAAAUACAUGCAAAUGUGUAAAUAAAUACUAUAUG